AUGUCGGGUGAGUCAGAGUAUCGACCUGCGCAUCGGAGUCGAUGGACAUAUCAGGCUCAAGUAAGAACACGUUCUCUCGACAGCAUACCACCACCUACUGACUCAAUUAGCCUUGAAACUGCCGCGAGACAAGAACGUGCGCAAAAGGGACCACGACGUAUUCUUGUCCACCUACCUCCUGGACCAUCGCUGAGAACCCCAGCCCACGAUGUCCAACCUCAACUGAGAACUCUCCUCUCCCCUAACACGUCAAUCGUCACGGUUCAUUACCGCCUUGGCCUCGCCAAUGACGCCACGACCGAGGAGACGACAUGUUUUCCAACCCCCAUCCACGACGUUUCCACUGCUCUGGAAUACUUGACCUCCUCGACGUCGCCCUUCAAUGACGGUCAGCACGAAGCGCCUAGGAUCUGUCUCCUGGGGAGCCAUAUUGGUGGGGCAUUAGCCACUAUGCUGGCGCUAACUCAGCCGAACGAUGUACACGCACUGGCUGCCAUCGAGCCCUUGGUAGAUUGGGUCAGCCUGGAUGAGAUCGUUGAACAAUUCCGCCCAAUAAAAGACAUGGCAAGGAAACGGCAAAAAUAUAAGGCUACCCGCUUCGGUAUCGAAGAUGGAUCUAUAUUGGCUGCGGCAGAAGAUCUCGUAAAGUUGAGGGCCAAGUUAUUUCCGACACCGUCAUCAUACUUUGAUCCUUUUGCGAGUCCCCUACUGUUCCUUCGCGCUCCGGGCAGAGAUACGCCGUUGAGUAGCACAGUUGGUGACGAGCUUGUUGAGGAGAUGGGCUUGAACGAACACGAUGGUGGUUUUGUUGAAUUUGAUUAUCCUGAGGAUCCUCUACAAGAAGAACAUUCUUUAUAUGCACGAUCCACCAAUUCACCUCUUUCUCCGAGAAUAGGCUCGACCGGCUCAUCCGAGGACCCAGUAACUGGCUCCUCGUCCGCCGAUACAGCGCCUACGUCUGUAGCAACGCAGCCUCAAUCUCCGCCUAGACGACGUAAAGUCCUGCAAAGGUGGCCAUCGAUCGGUCGGCCAGAGUCUGUACUCCUGCCAUAUGUCAAAGUCUUUGUCCAAUCUCCACCAGUCAGUCUUGAUAAAGUGGAGUGUAUGUCGGACGAGAUUCGCUCCGAUCUGGGUCAUACGGCGUUGAUGCGAGCUCAGGGCAAGGAACUGGUCGAGCUAAUGCGUAGGGCAUGCUUCUUCGGUCGAGAGAAAGGCUUCGCUGAAGAACGAGUCCAGCUUUCUGAAGGUAUUGCUCAUGAUGAAGACAGGUGGAGAGGGGAUGUCGAAUCUCAUCCAUCGACACGACGUCUCAGCAUGCACCUCCAAGAGCAAGCACUUGGAUGGGCUGAAGCGAUGCUCGCUAAAGAAUGA